UUAUUCAUUACGGUUCACGUGUCACAUACAUAAAUAAACUAAACAACUUUCUGUUAAAGUGAUAGUGAUACGGUUCAGACCGAGAAUGAACAAUAAGAGGAGUUUUACAGUAAAAAAAAAAUAACAUGAAACCUUCUCACAAAAGGGCAGCUUCUGUUGCCAUCAUGUGGUUUGUUAUCUUGGUUAUUAUAAACGUCAUAUUGCCAUGUGUUCUGGGAGAGGAAUCACAGUCAGGAGACGGCACCCAUUGGAUGGAUUUCUGGGUUGUUCGUCUUCUAUUAAACCUCUUAGGCUAUGCAACAAUAUUUGUACCUGGUUACUUGUUGAUGAGAUACUUGAGGAAUAUCAGAUACAAUGAAACAGCUGGAAAUUCUAUACUCAAUGAAGGUGGAGAAAUUGGUAAAGCUCCUUCUUUUCUAUCCAACCUGAUAAAACAUUGUGUGUUUGGAAAUGAUGACAAAGUCAGCUUGGAGAAUGCAGAGGAAGGUGGUGAAAGUCCUUCAGGGACAGAAGAAUCUCAUAAUCCAAUGAAAAGAGGUUUUACUUUGGUCUUUUGUUUAGUGGGCCUACAAGGGGCUUAUCUGACAUGGGGUGUACUUCAAGAGAGAAUAAUGACAUUUGAGUAUGGAAAAGAGGAUGGGCAAGGCGAAUUCUUCAAAAACUCUCAGUUUUUAGUUUUCAUCAAUCGAAUUCUAGCAUUUAUCAUUGGAAUGACAGUAAUAUUUUUACGACGACAGCCACAUCAUACAACUCCACUAUACAAAUACUCAUUCAGCUCAUUUUCAAACAUUAUGAGUAGCUGGUGUCAGUAUGAAGCACUAAAGUUUGUUAGUUUUCCUACACAGAUUCUAGCAAAAGCAUCAAAAGUCAUACCUGUUAUGUUAAUGGGAAAAGUUGUAUCAAAAAGAACAUACCAAUACCAUGAGUAUAUAACUGCUGGUAUGAUAUCAGUUGGUGUAACAUUGUUUCUACUCAAUAGUGGUGACGUGACCAGGCACAAAGGAAGCGUGACAACAAUAUCUGGAGUCAUACUACUGGCAGGUUAUAUGGCCUUCGACAGUUUUACAUCAAACUGGCAAGGAGAGUUGUUCAAACGUCACAAGGUUUCCUCUAUACAGAUGAUGACAGGAGUCAAUAUGUUUUCCUGUUUACUAACUGGGGUCUCACUUCUUGAACAGGGAGGCUUUUUUGACUCAUUUGCAUUCAUGGCAAGACAUCAUUUAUUUGUUGUUCAUGCAAUUGUUUUAAGUUUAUGUUCAGCGGGUGGGCAGCUUUUUAUAUUCUACACAAUUUCACAGUUCGGAGCUGUGACAUUCACAAUAAUAAUGACUUUACGACAAGCCUUUGCUAUCUUGUUAUCAUGUGUUAUAUACGGACAUCCUGUUACCUUUAUAGCGUUGAUAGGUAUAGUCAUUGUGUUUGUUGCCUUAUUUUUACGUAUCUAUGCAAAUCAGAAAAAGAAAUCUCAAAAUCCAACCAGUUCAACUACAACAACUUCAAAGGUCUGAAAUAUCCAAUAAUUCUUUUAUAUGAAUGGAAGCUUUAUAUAUUUUAAGGUAGAGUUUUAGUUAUUAGUAAAACUAUUGAAACAAAAAUUGUUAAAUUUUGAGACAGUAAUUUUAUAAGAAAUCUGGAGUCUUAAUUUGUAAUGUUUAAUUAAGAAGUUGUUACAUUUUGAGUGUUUAUUUUUAUGAAAAAUCAGAAGUCUUGGUAUGAUAAACUAUUAAGACAAAAAGUUGUUACAUUUAUAUGAGAAAUCUGCAGUCUUAAGUUUUGUUAUAGGGUUGAGUUAUUAAUAGAGUUUAUUUGCACUAUAGAGGGUGAAAAUAAUGGAUAAUUGCUGCAUUGCUUGUUUUUUGUUUAUAAUCAAUUGCUCAUAUUUAUAUAUAAACCAUAAAUCCAUUUUUUUUUAUUCUUCUACAGAAACAUAAUUUUAUUCUUUGUAAUAUUUGAAAAUCUCAUAUUUGGAUAGAACAUUGCUUUUGUAUUUGAUUGAGGGCAUUCAAAAGAUGUCUGCUUAUUGUGAACAUUGAUGAAUGGCUAACGUAAAACCAUGACGGCAUUGUCUGUAAAAUAUUUAUGUAUUCAACAGAAAAUAAAUCAGUGUAUUGUCAGUUUGAAUCUAUUGUUUAAAUUUCUACAUUCCUUUUCAACAGACAUACAUAUUUAUUAUCAAUUUGUUUGAUGUGUCUAUUAACUUUUGAUAGUUGUGAAUAGAGUAGAUGUGUGUUUUUUAACAUUGAUAUUAUUUUGUUUAGUCAUCUAAUUUUAGGCAUCUAUAUGAUUGAUAAUUUACUGCUGUUCUCUGUCAGAAUGAUAUAAAACUGUUUGAUGAAAUUGCUUUAAAACUUUGAAGGAUCAGUUCUAGCUGCUGUAUUUUAACAAAUAAUUAAAUUCUUAUUGAAAAAUAUUCUUUAGGUCAAACCUUAACUGGAGCUGUUGAGGUCAUUUCCUUAGAAGUCAAAUUCUGGACCUUACAAAUCAUCACUAGUGACUCCUGUCAUUACUUACCAUGAAUGAAUACUGAAUCAUUUCAGUAUUCUCAAAGAACCCUACAUGUACAAAAAUUAGUUUAAAUAUUAAUAAAUUUUAUAGACAAGAAUUGCUUGUCAAUCCUGAAAAUAGAAAUUUAAAGAAAAGACAUUAAGUAUUUUGUUCUACAAACUGUUUAAUAGUACAAAUGCAUCAUACUUUGAAACCGGUUUAAUGGGAUUUUUCUUUAAUUCAAAUUAACUUGAUUUCAUUUGUACAUUCAGUAUUAGAACACAUUUAAAAUUAGGUAGUUUUUUCCUUUUGUUAAUUUGAUAAUCAAAAUUAACAUGUUUUAAAUGUAUAUGUGAACCUCUAGAUGAUUAAUUAGUUGAGCAUGUAUUUAUUUUAGGGUGUAUACUGUAUACACUUGAUGACUUAAGUAUAAAAAUGAGGGGCAGUUUUUAUAUAUAUUAUAACCCUUUAGAUAUGUAAUCUUUAGGCUCCCAAUGUAUGCUUAAUUUCCCUUCACCUCCCUCUCUUUAUAGACAAUAUUUGAUAUUCAAAUACCUAAUAGUUCAUCUAUGGAUGUUAUAGUUUUUUGGUUUUUUUUUAUAUAUAAUUUACCCUUUUCGUCCUAUACUUAUUAACCUGAUUCCAUAUAUUGAUACCUUAUUGUUUGUGGAGGAUACCAUUGUUUUCCUUAUCUCUUUAAUUUUAGUCUGGUUCAAAUCUCAAGAAUACAUCCAGUAUUUGCCAGGUAUAAGAAUUAUACUUUUUGUUUAAUGCACAAAAACCAUGACUGCUUUAUACAACUUUUGCAUGAAGGUUCACAGAUUAUUUUUUUCUUUGGAAAAUUUGUCUAUUUUAGUUGUUGAUAAAUAUUUAACCAGAUGCUCCGCAGGGCGUAGCUUUAUACGACCGCAGAGAUUGAACCCUGAA